AUGAUAAAUAUUGGGAAGCAUCGUAUAUCUUCCCUAUCAUAUACGUUUCGAGGGACUAUCCAACAUGUACGAUCAUAUUCUAAAAUUGAUUUAAAUGAAUUGCAUACCAAACAAAUCCCAAGCCAUAAACGAAUAAGACGAGAUCCAAUCAUUGAUUUACCAAAACAUGAUACGGUAGAGUUAUCAUGUCGACAAUAUAAACCAUCGAAAUCAUUUGAAGCAGAUCCAAAUUUGGAGCCGAUAGUAAUGUUACAUGGAUUUCUUGGAUCGAAACAGAAUUUCGGUACCGUUGGUAAUAAAAUCACUAAAUUAACUCAUCAUCCUGCCUUUGGAGUUGAUUUACGAAAUCAUGGUGAUACGCCUCAUGCGUCACCUCAUGAUUAUGGUCAUUUGGCUCAGGAUGUGAUUCGAUUCUUAUCGGAGAAGAAUUGGAAAGAUGUGAUUUUGAUGGGUCAUUCAAUGGGAGCUAAAACUGCUAUGAUGGUUGCAUUAUUACGACCUGAUUUAGUAUCGAAAUUGAUUGUGAUUGAUAAUAGUCCUGUUUCAAGUGAAUUGGAUGAUAGUUUCCGUCAACAUUUAUAUGGAAUGUGUGAAGUUGAACAUGAAUUCCCUGAGUUUAAGGAUUAUAAACCUGCUUUACAAACUCUGGUAAUUGAUAAUAUCUUGAAUCAAUAUACUGAAAAAGAUCAAAAGAUUAAUUUCUUUUUAAAAUCGAAUAUAGAUAAGAAACAUAGUAAUACGAGAGGUAGUUUGUUUAGAGUUCCUGUAUUGAAUUUGAUUAAAGAAAAUGUGAUUGAAAAGAUGGGUCAAUGGCCAUUAGAACAAGUAUCAGGAUUAAAGUUUACUAAACCAGUAUUGGUAAUGGCCGCUAAACAUUCAAAUUUCGUACAACCCCAGUAUAAACCAUUAUUUGAGGAGUAUUUCACAGAUUUGACAUAUCAUGAGUUUGAUUGUGGCCAUUGGAUAGUGACUGAUAAGCCUGAUGAAUUCAUAAAAGAAACUGUUAACUUUAUAGAUCAUUAA